GAAGAUGUCUGGCGGCAGGCUCAGUUCGCAGCGCGCAUCAUGGCCCCGGCAUGUCAUAAAGUGGGGCCCGUCUGCCGCACGGACCAUACGCCUCCCAACUGCUGCGCCAGCCAUUCGUAACUGGCAGGGGUCGACAACAGCUCCAACGUCAAUCAAGCAAGAAACAACGACAGCAUCCAACACUCUACACGCAUUCAACUCGCUGCCAUCAAGACACCAACUCGCUAUCCAACCCGUUUCACUACCAUGAGGCUUCUCGCUGGCCUCACAGCAGCGGCUCUGUCUGGGCUUGCGGCGGCCGCGAGCCAGCAGACUGCCGAUGUCUACAUUUUGACGGCCAACCAACAGAGCUCGAGCGAAACACCAAGCAUCCCCAAGGAGGUCGCGCGUCACAUCUUGCUUCAGAGAGCAUCGAGACAACCAUACGGCAGUGACCUGCGCGACAUCCCUAGCUCAACCGACACCGAGACCGCUGUCAGCCACAUCGCGAGAUUCGGCACCGGCCCGGAACCCCUCUUCUCACAGUCCGACAAGACCAAUGCCCCACAACUAGUUGUCAUUCUCGAAGGCGUUACAUACCAGCAGAGCCAUGAUCUCAAGGACGCCCUUUCACAGGCAGGCCAUCCUGCUGCGUUCCGCGUCUCAGACGCCCCCUCGGCUGCCGCCAACAAGAAUCUCAUGACGCUUUUCCGGCAGUUGGGAUCCGCUCCUUCCCAGCCUUGUGACCUGGCCCACGCCCUCAACCCUGCUAAUGAGGAGUGCUGGAGUGGUGUUUCCUCGGUGGUCAACUAUGACCUACAAAAUACUUCCUCCACCUACUCGGCCCUUCUCGCCUCCCUUCCUCAGAUCAACAAGCUGGUGGCUGCUUCCGAUCUCGAGGUGACCCUCCUAGUUCUCCCCGAUUCUACCCGUUCCUCCAAGAUCAACUCGUGGUCCACCCUUGCCGGCAACCCCACCAACAACCGCCGUCGUGACUCUGGAGAAAGGGUCAUCACCGACAGCACCGUUGUUUGGCCGGCUCCUUCCACCCCGACCCGUUCCGCAAAGGUCAACAUCCAGAAGAAGGCCAUCCCUGCCUGCUUCCUUUCUUUGGACGCCUGUAAGGAGGCCACCAAUGACUGCUCUGGCCACGGGACAUGUGUCAAUAAGUUUGGCACCGGCAACGCCACCUCGUCUGAUGCCAGGGCAUGCUUUGCCUGCAAGUGCAUGGCCACCGUCGUCCGCCGCGGCGACGAACCUGGCACCUCGGGCAAGAAGACUGUCCACUGGGGCGGCAACAUGUGCCAGAAGAAGGACGUCAGCGUGCCAUUCUGGUUGAUCACUGGUUUCACCAUUACCAUUGUUGGUGCCGUUACUUUUGCCAUUGGCCUGCUGUUUAGCGUCGGUCAGGAACAGCUGCCGGGUGUCAUUGGUGCUGGUGUGAGCAGGGGGGCGUCCAAAUAAUGGAUGCAAAAAGAGGAGAUUUAUGCUUAGGGGGUUGUUGAGGAGGGUGUUGGAAGAUGUAUGUUUUACUGGUGUUGGAACUGGGUUUUUGCUGCAUACGCGCAAUUGGGCGCGGUUAUUCACGGUUUUUACGGGGUACAUGACACGAGGGCGGAGACUGUAUUGUUGGGAUUGGUAGUGUUGGCUGCGAUGAGGGCUCAAGUGUAUCAUACUGGUCUUUUUCUUUUUAGAAGCAGUUUACAUGGCGUUGGCAUUGGUAUGUACCUAGGACUUGUUUAUUGUAUUGUUUUUGUUUUGGAAGAAAGCAACGACGGUGUCUUUCAUU